GACUGGUCACUCAGUGUCUGGACUGAGCCCUGAACCUGCCCCACACCGGCCCCGUGUCACUAAUAUGCACAAAACGGUCCCUCUUGCUCAUUAUUUACUGCCCUACAUACUGGCCCCUGUCACUGGACACAAGAGCUUCUCCUUGAGGAACAAACCAGCGCCACAACAACUCAGGCCUAUUUCCCGGUUUCCCAGACAAACAAAGCCGGUCAGAGAGCCAGAACGCACAUGUCACGUGACUGGUGACGCUCCUGAUCACCUGAGUCUGAGCUGACGCUUGCAGAGUGUAGGGGGAGGAGAAACUACAGUUCCCAGACUGCCCCGCGCGUCCCGUGACAGUGACGCUAAUCUCGGCGGUGCAGUUUCCGGGCUGUGGGGCUCGGUCUCCGUGACGCAGCUCGGUUGGAGUUUGGAGACUUGCGAGAUGGAGGCCGUGCCGAGGAUGCCCAUGAUCUGGCUGGAUCUGAAGGAGGCUGGAGAGUUUGCCUUCCACCCGGCAGUGAAACAGUUUGUCUUGAAGAAUUAUGGAGAAAACCCAGAGAACUACAAUGAAGAGCUCAAGAAGCUGGAUCAGUUACGCCAGAGUGCAGUUAAUGUGCCGCGGGACUUUGAGGGGUGCAGUGUGUUACGCAAAUACUUUGGUCAGCUCCACUAUCUGCAGAGCCGAAUUCCCAUGGGAUCUGAGCAAGAGGCAUCCGUCCCUGUCACAUGGACAGAAAUAUUUUCUGGGAAAACAGUUACUCAUGAAGACAUAAAGUAUGAGCAGGCGUGUGUACUGUACAACCUGGGUGCAUUACACUCCAUGCUGGGAGCUAUGGACAAGAGAGUGUCGGAAGAGGGAAUGAAGGUUUCGUGUACUCACUUCCAGUGUGCGGCUGGGGCUUUCUCUUACCUGCGGGAUCACUUCGCUCAUUCUUACAGCGUUGAUAUGAGCCACCAGAUCCUCAACCUCAAUAUAAACCUCAUGUUGGGUCAGGCGCAGGAAUGUCUCUUGGAAAAGUCAAUGCUGGAUAACCGGAAGAGUUUUCUGGUAGCACGAAUCAGUGCCCAGGUUGUGGAUUACUAUAAGGAGGCCUGUCGGGCCCUUGAGAACUCCGAGACGGCAUCACUACUGGGCAAGAUACAGAAAGACUGGAAGAAACUGGUGCAGAUGAAGAUUUACUACUUUGCAUCUAUAGCCCAUCUGCACAUGGGAAAACAGGCUGAGGAGCAACAAAAGUAUGGCGAACAGGUUGCCUAUUUACAGAGUGCAGUAGAUAAACUGAGUGACGCCAUCAAGCAGUCUAAGGGUCAGCCGGCAACAGUACAAGAAGCCCUGAGGUUUACCAUGGAUGUCAUAGGGGGAAAGUUCAAUUCUGCUAAAAAGGACAAUGAUUUUAUUUAUCAUGAAUCUGUACCCUCACUGGACACCCUGCAAGCAGUUAAAGGGGCUCCCUUGGUAAAAGCUCUUCCAGUGAACCCCACAGAUCCUGCUGUCACAGGACCAGAUAUUUUCUCCAAGUUGGUACCAAUGGCAGCUCAUGAGGCUUCCUCCUUGUACAGUGAAGAAAAAGCAAAGCUGCUGAGGGAAGUCAUGUCCAAGAUAGAAGUCAAGUACGAAAUCCUGGACCAGUUUACAGAUUCUCUCCAGCUCGAUCCAGAAAAUGUGGAUAAUCUGGAUAUGUAUACUCACAUCCCGCCUGCCUUAAUGGAGAAAUGCGCAGCUCUCAGUGUGAGGCCUGAUACAGUAAAGAGCUUAGUCCAGUCCAUGCAAGUACUUUCUGGGGUGUUCACCGAUGUGGAGGCUUCUCUGAAGGACAUUAAAGAGCUUCUGGAUGAGCAUGAGAUCCAGGAGAAGAAGUUGCUUGAAGAGGUGGGGAAGCAGCCAGCUCCUUCUGUUCCUCUGUGCCCUUCUAUUGAAGAAGUGAGCAAAGAAUGGGGCAAGUACAUGGAGGUACACAAGAAGGCCAGCUUUACUAACACUGAGCUGCACAAGGCCAUGAACCUGCAUAUAAGCAACCUGAGACUUCUCAGUGGGCCUCUGGAUCAACUACAACAAGUGCUGCCUGCCCCCAUCCUGACAGAAGAUGACAAGGCCGUGCUGCAGAACAUAAAGAAGAUCCUGAAUAAGGUGCAGGAGAUGAGAGAGCAGCGACAUUCAUUGGAGCAACAACUUCGAGACACCAUCCAAAAGGAUGAUAUUACCACCUCAUUGGUUACCACGGACCACUCAGAAAUGAAGAAACUCUUUGCUGAGCAGUUAAAGAAGUAUGACCAGCUGAAGGUCUACAUUGAGCAGAACCUGUCUGCCCAGGAAAACAUCCUGAAGGCCCUGACAGAAGCCAACGUCAAGUAUGCGCCAGUAAGGAAGAUCAUCAGUGAGGCAGAGCAGAAGUGGAACCACACCGUGCAAACUCUUAUCGCCUCCUAUGAAGCCUAUGAAGAUCUGAUGAAAAAGUCCCAAGAGGGAAAGGAUUUUUAUGCGGACCUAGAAAACAAAGUGGCCAAGCUGGUGGAGAAAUCACGAGCGGCCUUUGAUGCUGCCCAAUCCUACAGACAGCAGGUGCUGGAACGGGAAAUAAAGAAGAGACCCCCACCACGACCAACUGCUCCUAAGCCUGCAAUGCAGAAGAAAACCUCAGAUGUUGACCUUGACAACCUUCCCCUCUCUGACCUUCCCAACCUGCAGCACUCUCUUUUCUAUUCUGAUCUACCUGAGGAGCUGAAGAGUCUGCCCCCAGAGGCCCUUCUUGCCCAACUUGACAGGUUGUCUGCAGAUGGACUUGAUGCAUUUCCUUUGGACUUUCCUACGUAUGGUGGAGUGAAUGCCUACAGAACCAGUAGGACUGCCAGUGCUCCUGUGGCUGAUCCACAUGCAGUGCCUUUCAACCACAGCCCCCACUUUAAUCCCUUGCCAGGACACGGUCCACAAUAUGGAGGUGUUGCGUUCCCAGCUAAUGCUUUCCCUCCUGUUAUAUACAAUGGUAACCCUCAGCUGAGCUCUGGAUCAGCUGUACCACCCCAGUUCAAACAGUCGGCUAUUCCCAAGGCAAAUACUCCACCCCAAGCACCAGUGUCCUUGUCAUCUCCACAGAAUCCUCACAUGUACCCGGCAGGAGCUAUGAGCAGGGUCCAUGUUCAGCCUAACCCAAAUACUGUUCCCAUACCCCCUGGUUAUGCACCUGCUGCCAUGCCACAGCCAAGAAGCUCCCCACAGCAUAUGCCAAUGCCCAUUACAGCAGCCCCUGUCACCCAUCAGUUUAAAUCUACCGCUGGUGUGGGAUUUGGAAUGGGACAGCAAGUUUCGUCCUCAGGAGUUUUGCCGACUGCAGUAAACUAUUCAGUGGCAGGUUAUGCUCCUCAUGGUAGCCCACAGCUCCAUAGUACAGCCCCUGUGAGUGGCUUGCAGCCGCAAAUGACACUGGGCAUCCGUCCAGCAACCACCACUGUGAACAGUAUUCAAGGGCCUAUUUCAAGCUACACAACUCCUAGGAUGCCUGGGCCAAACCAAGCACCUCAGCACAACCAGACUAUAAAUCAAACUUUGCCACCUGUUCAUCCUCAGAGUGUUUAUAUGGCUCCUCCUGUGCACCCAGCAAUGGGUCAGCCUGCUCCAUAUGCCUAUCCUCAAGGGGGUGUUCCACAAUACAAUCAGCCACCUCAACCCAUUUUACUCACCCAGCCUCCACAAAUGUUUCAGGCCCCUGGACAGAUUCAGCACAGACUAGAUUCAGCAAGGCCUCCAUCUGUACAUAAUCAACAGCAGUAUGCCCCUCCUCCACAGCCUCCAUUUGCUGCUCAAAUGAGACCACCUCUUCAGCACCCACAUCCUCCUAUUUAUCAGCCUCAAGGACAGCCUCCUGUUGUGCCUCAGGUACCAGCGCAGCAGCAUUUUCAUCAUCAGAAUCAGUUUCAAGGGAUCCUUCCUCUUCAACCUGGUGCCCAACCCCAUGUCCCACCACAGCUAGGGCCUCAACAUUUUCCUGUUGUUCCUCAGGACAAGCUGCCUCCACAGGCCCUUCCUCCACAUUCUGCUGGUAUGAACUUUCCUGGAACAGUUCCCAGACCUGCAGGCCCAACAGUACAACCCAUCCCUCCUCAUAUGGGUCAGGCAACACCUCAAAUUCACCCUCAUCCUGCACCAAUCACAUCAACAAUGCCCUUUGUUCCUCCAGCAAGACCCACUGUUCCUCCUCCAAAUAGCUUAGCCAGUCAGAUGCCUGCUUUAAACCAAAUGCCUAUGGGCGGACCUCAAACUACUCCUGCCAUUCCCCACCACGUACAACCUCCCAGUAGCCCAGCCAUGAGCCACUUACCAGGAGCAGUUAUUGUUUCAGGAGCUGCAGCUAUCCCAUCUCCAGCACCUUCUCCUCAGCCAUCUUUAGUUAUACAGUCUCAACCAAGCCUUCCCACUUCUGGGCCAGCCACUACUGCUAUUCCGCAAAGACCACCUCCUUCACUAACACCAGGAACUAAGCCUUUAAACCAAGGGUCUGGUGAAGUUGUUUUCCAGAGGCAAAGCUCCUCAACAGAUGACCUUUUGUCUUCGAGUCCUGAGAGCCAACAUGGUGGCUCCAAUACCUCAGUUGGCCAACCAUUGUUGCAGCCCACUAAAGCAGACUUAAAAGAAGGACAGAAACCCAAGGCAAUUCAGCUGAUUGAAAACGACCCCUACGAGAAGCCAGAACAUGUGAUGAGGCUGCUGUCUGAGCUUGACCGUUUCAGAGUUGUUGUUGAAGCUUUAGAUAAACCUGUGCCCGGUGCAUCAACUCAAGUGGACUCCAUGUGGAAGGAAUUUCAGGACGCUCAAGAGAAGGAGGCUAGACAGCAAUCUAUUGCAAUUGCACGCUGCUACACCAUGAAAAACCGACACCAGGACAUCAUGCCUUAUGAUAAGAACCGUAUUAUUCUGCAGUCAGGGAAGGAUGAUUACAUAAAUGCCAGUAAAAUUGAAGAUCUCUCUUCCUACUGCCCAACCAUCAUUGCCACCCAGGCCCCACUUGUCGGCACUGCUUCAGAUUUCUGGCUGAUGAUCCAUGAGCAGAAGGUCUCCUUGAUCGUUAUGCUGGUGUCUGAGCAGGAGAUAGAGAAGCAAAAGGUUUUGCGGUACUUUCCCUUGGAGCGAGGCCAACCAAUGGUGCAUGGGAAUAUAACCCUAACACUCACCAGCCAAAAAGUCACAGACAUACAUGUGGAGAGGGUGCUGUCCCUGCAGUACAAGGACCAGAGUCUCAAGCGCUCCAUCAUUCACCUGCAGUUCACUUCAUGGCCUGAGCUGGGUCUCCCAGACAGUAAAAGCAACUUGCUGAGAUUCAUACAGGAGGUGCACAGCCACUACCUGCACCAGCGCCCCCUACAUACACCCAUAGUUGUUCACUGCAGUUCCGGUGUGGGAAGGACGGGAGCCUUUUGCCUCAUGUACGCAGCGAUACAAGAGGUGGAAGCCGGCAAUGGAAUCCCAGAUCUUGCAGAACUUGUGAAGAAGAUGAGGCAGCAAAGGAAAUACAUGCUGCAGGAGAAGAUACACCUGAAGUUCUGCUAUGAAGCUGUGCUAAAACAUGCCGAGCAAGUCUUGCAAAGACAUGGUGUCUGCACCCCGUCCUCCAGCAAGCCUCAGCACAGCACCCCACUAAAGCUGUACACUGUGCAGGACCCGCAAGACAUAGUACUGGGGGGAGACAUGCCUAUCAGCUCCAUUCAGGCUACUAUCGCAAAGCUGAGUAUUAAACCCUACCCUGGAGGCACGGAGAAUCCAAGUUCUUAUCAGCUGCCGACUUCUAUAGAUUCCUGGGGAAACGAGCCGACGACUAGUAACGUAUUUCAGCCAGAGGUUCCCUCGAUUACCCCUCAGCCUGACGUUACGCUCUUGGCAGUUAGUAAAGAGUAUCAGCCAUCACAGGCGCUGCCUCCCACUGCUUCGAAUGGUAAUUCUGUCCUCGUAACGGAAAGUGCAACAGAAGUGUCCAAACAUCUCCCCGUAGUCGCCGGCGAGGUAAUGACGAAAACAGAGCCGUCCCCCGCUGUUAACUCUACAUCAGCUUCAUCCUCUUCUCUCAACCUGCUGGCCUCCCUGACGCCUGAAGCCUUCAACCUGGACAGCUCCCAGAAAGGGAAACAAAAGAUGAGCAAGCAAAACUUUUUACAGCCACAAAAUGGAGGAGGUUUGGCACGAGGAACCACUGCUGCUGACGACCCACUGAGCAUGCUCGACCCACUCUGGACACUUAAAUAAAUCCCAAUGGGAAGCGGGUUCAGCCAUGGCUUUGCCUUACAUGAAAUUAGGGACUGUUACCAUUAAUGUGGGGUUCUCUCCUCCCCCCUUCAUGUUAGUUGCAUUCCAACUCAGUCUCCACUGAAAUGCUUGUCUUUGGCUUAAUGCAACCAUCCAUUUGUUGGAGAGGGUGAGUUGGAGCUGGGGUAUCUUUACACAUCACUUAGAAGACAACACUAACACCCAUGCCCAUAUACGAAUGGGCUAAACCUGCCUAGAACUGUUCUCUGGUCAUCAUACCCUUUAGACUUAAUAUCUGGCUGACCAUUGGGCAAAAUCAGUUGCAGCUUCUCCAUGGAAAGAAUGCUCUACGUGUGCCAGGUGGGGCCCUGUGCUAAUGUAACUCAAUGUGUAUAAUAAUAAUAAUCAUUUUCCAUUGGCUGUGCCCCGCUGCUGUUACUGUGAUGGAGCCAGGAAACAACACUAACUGAUCAGUCCAAGCUGAAAUGUAGCACUUGUGUGUCUUGUACAGUUCUUCUGCUCCGUCCUCACUGGCCUGGGUCUUGUACGUGUCUUGUGGGCUGGCAUAGAAAGAAUGAGGGUGAUGAUAUGUGGCCCUUCCUGGGACCAGUUGUUUGGCUUAGUGAUAUACUCCUUGCAAGGGUUAAUCAUGGAUUCUUUAAUGAGCUACGGUUUUUAUAAGGACAGAGGCUGAGCAUAUUCAGUGUCAUUCCCAGCGGUGCAAAUAAAUGGCGAGGGCUUGAGUUCUGUUCUCAUUCUGCCAUUUUGCAUCAUCCAUGAGCAGUGACGGAGAAUGGGGAGUGCAGUCCAGGGUCCAAUACAUCUCUCUACAGCUUUCCCUGGGACUGACUUGCACCCCGUGCUUUCAGAUAGGGUCUUGUUCCUUGCUGCACCUUUAUACCAGUACUGUCCAACUUAUAACAUAUAGUGGGCCAAUUGUAUGUCAUAUAACAUGCUGGAGGGCCAGACUGAAUUAAAAUGAUGAUGUCAUAUAAUGGAGCCUGUGAGCAGACUGGGGGCCACAAAAAUCCUUUGGAUGGCCACGGACCUCCAAUUACAGCUCUGCUUUAUACCAUUCACCUUACAGCCAGACAGUGGGUGGGGGUUGUGCUGUUCCUUUAUACCAUACACAUUCAUGGGGCACCCCAGUGUUCUCCCUGAACUAUAGGAACAUGAAGAAACCUGUCUAAUUAAUACAAGACAAAAUCAUCUUGUGCAUUUCAACACGACUGUUUCACAAGUCCACUGAGCAUGUGCAGUGCCACCGACUGGGCUGAGUUUAGGGGUUCUAUAAAGUGGGGGUCGCAUCUGUUAUAGUAGCUGUGCCACAGGGAUGAUUAUGAAUCCAUUCUGAUGCAGAUUGGAUUCAUUCUCAGCUUUCUGUUGGAAUUAUGUUUCAUAUAAGCUGUAUAUAGUGAGUGGGUCCCUGGGCUCAGGGAAGUGCUAGCAGUGCGGCGGGUGGGCUUGGGGCCUUGGGCUGGUACAGAAUCAUCAAACAUAACGUUUAAUAUUUUUAGCCUUCGCUUUUGUUCCCAUCAACAUUGUCUUUUUAAAUCAGACAACUGUCAGAUUUGAAUACUUAUAAAGAGAUCCCUGGAUUAAAGAGGGGGUAUCUACAUAAGAUCAGGGGGGGUAUUCCCAGUAACAUUAUCUGACGUGUAGAAUCCGUGUACAAGAUGCCAAUGGUUAUAGUGGAUCAGUGUUACUGCCGUUGCCCCCAGCCAACGUCUGUGCUUUUCCACUUCUCACCCCAUUGCACAAACUUCAUAUUGUAAAAAAAAUCCUAAUUGUAACAGAAAUGAUUCUUAUGGAAUUCCUACUGAAUCCCUUGUAUCUUCCCCCGAGUUGUGCUCAUCUUUGGAGGAGACGUGUAUCAACAGAAGAAGCCCCCUGUUUUCUGCAUGAGGAGCGCCCUCUGCUGCCCUGGACAAGAUGCAUGUGACCCAUUGUGACAUCGGCAGUACUGUGACAUUAACAGUUGGUGUGAAAUUCCCAGUAUCCAAUCCACGGCUUAUGGUUAGCAAGGCAGGUGAGAGUUGUAGUUCAGCCACGUUGGGAUGAUUGUUAACCCCCUGUAUGACACACUCCAAAUAAAAGGGACCAAUCAAGGACAUAGCUACUGGCACUGGCUACAUGCUUAUUGCAGAUGGUCCCUAAGCCUUUAAAUAGAGUGGGGCACUAUAGUGUAUAGCUUGAGAAGAAGCCUAAUAUUGUUUUUAAUUCUUUUAUUAAAUAAAUGAUUGUUUCGUCUUAA